UCCCAGCCAUAUGCUAUGUUGUAUUUGGUUCGAUGUGAAUCAGGGGAAAAUAAAGGUUACGCUCUACGUAAGCGUGUUACUGCAGCGUAGUCGUGCGUAACUAUUGGAGUGAUACAUUUACAGUGUUACAAUUUAUAAUUAUGACCUUAAUGUCAUCGUUUUGGUAUUCACAACGACAUCAGCUUUGUUUACCGUCGCAACAUAGUGAAAACAUUGAGCUGACUACAGCAUUUCUCGUCAUUACAAGUUUCAACCGAACCCCAUAGCACAGUAUGAAGGGCCGGACAGACGCCCCGCGUGAUAGGGGCUGGUUGGUGGGGAUCAUCUUCUUCAUUCUGGGCCUCGGGACGCUGCUACCAUGGAACUUCUUUAUGACCGCCUCCAUGUAUUUCAACAGCCGCCUCAACAAGACAGAAUGGAGAAACGGCACAGUGGCGGCCCACAAAGAGUACUACUUCAACAACUGGAUGACUCUGCUGUCCCAGCUCCCCCUGCUUCUCUGCACUCUGCUCAACUCCUUCUUCUAUCAGCGGAUAUCGGAGAUGGUGCGUAUAGCGGGCAGCCUGGUCUUCAUCUUCAUCCUCUUCAUCCUCACUGCCAUCCUGGUCAAGAUCCCUAUGGAGGAGGACCGCUUCUUCUCUGUUACCAUGGCUAUCAUCUGGUUCAUCAACUCGUUUGGAGCGGUGUUACAGGGCAGUCUGUUUGGCCUGGUGGGUCUGCUGCCUCAGAAGUACAGCGCUGUGUUUAUGAGUGGCCAGGGGCUGGCCGGCACCUUCGCAGCUAUCGCCAUGCUGAUCUCCAUAGCCAGUGAUUCAGACCCUGAGACGGCUGCGUUGGGUUACUUCAUCACUCCUUGUGUAGGAACCCUGCUCACUCUCCUCAGCUACAUCUUACUGCCUCGCCUGGAGUUUGCCCAGUUCUACUUGGACAAGAGCAGGAGCUAUGAGGUGGAGACCACAGACGAGCUGUUGAAAGAGAGUGGCACGGCGGUGAAUGGCAAGGCCAACGGCUCUUUGGCCAAUGAUGGUGCCAGCGGCGACGAGGUGGAGGUGGAGGUAGAGGAGGCCAGUCCCAAGCAUAACUUCCUACCCCUAGAGCAGGCUGAGGACAGGGAUCGGAAGUCCACCGUCAUGGAGGUGUUUAAAAAGAUAUGGGUGAUGGCAUUCUGUGUGGUUUUUGUCUUCACCGUCACUCUCGCUGUGUUUCCUGCCGUCACUGUGGACGUCAAGACCAUGUACCCUGGGAAAUGGGAGCCCUACUUCAUCUCAGUGUGUUGCUUCCUCAUUUUCAACGUGUGUGACUGGAUCGGCAGAACCGUCACCACCCUGGUCCAGUGGCCUCCCAAGGAGAGUUGUCUGUUCCCGGCCCUGGUGGUCUCCAGGAUGGUGUUUGUUCCCCUGCUGAUGCUGUGUAACGUCCAGAGCCGCUCCUACCUGCCCGUCCUCUUCUCCCACGACGCUGCCUUCGUCUUUAUUAUGAUGCUCUUCUCCGUUUCCAGCGGCUACUGCGUCUGCCUGUCCAUGUCCUACGCCCCACAGUUGGUGGCAUCCAAAGAUGCAGAGACGGCCGGGGCCCUGAUGACUUUCUUCCUGGCCCUGGGCCUCUCCAUCGGGGCCGCCCUUUCUUUCCUACUGCGCCUACUGGUCUAGACACACACACCAGAGGGACCACCACCAUCCGUCACCAGCCCCUGUUGUUUUGAGUGACGGUCACCUCCAUGGCCAUUCGUAAAUUGAGUGACCACUGCCACCAAAUGCCAUUUUCAUACGUAGAAGGACCUAGGCUGGGAAUAGAGAGCUGCAUACCGAUAAAGCCUGCAUCAAAAUGACCACUGCCACCAAAUGCCAUUUUCAUACGUAGAAGGACCUAGGCUGGGAAUAGAGAGCUGCAUACCGAUAAAGCCUGCAUCAAAAUGACGUUAGUACUGACCACGAUAGAUAUUAUACAAGGGAUUGAGUAUUACCUCUCCAGCUGCCACAUACAUACACUAUACUCACUGAAAUAACUGAGAGAAUGGCCUUAAGAGGCGACUUUAAGGGAAUAAUGCUACCUACUUCACCACCCAUACACAAAAAAAAUGUAUGCACGCAUGACUGUAAGUCGCUUUGGAUAAAAGCGUCUGCUAAAUGGCAUUUUAAGUGGUUUACAGUGAUAAGAAGGCAGCACUGGUUGCCUCAUCAGAAUAAUGGACACAGUCAGUGCCAAACCGCUUUAAACUUGGGACAUUUUCAUUAUUUUUGAGUUGGACCAUUUUAAGGAGUUUUUUUUGUAUAACAUUAUUUGUUUUCUUAGCUGUAGAGCUUUUAUGUAAAGGCACUAACCUUAGUCAAGUACUGUAACUGUAUGGGUUUUUAGAGAACUAAUGGAUUGUUCAACAAAGUAGUUCAAUUUAUUAUGAUCCUGCCUAGGAACGACAUCAGAGCAAAUCAUACGAUUACCGGCUCUGAAGUUGAAGUACUUAUUCUUUUCAACGUUUUAUUUGAUUUAAAACUUCUGUUUCGGUUUUGAUAUCAUGAUUACAGCUAGGUCUCUUCAUUAUUGUUAUUUACACAUCAGAACAAAGUUACCAUAUUUCACAUUUCAGUAACGGGCACGGAGCUCCACUCAGACGUCAGCAAGGUGGAGGUGGGGUACUGGUAUGGGCUGGUAUUAUUAAAGAUGGAGCUAGUUAGACCUUUUCAGGUUGAAGAUAGACUCAAACUCAACUCACAGUUUUGAGAAGACACUUUGGACAAUGCUCCAUCGCAUGCAUCGAAGUACUCCACUGCGUGGCUAGCCAGUAAAGGCCUGAAAGAUGAAAGAAUAAUGACAUGGCCCCCUUCCUCACCUAACCUAAACCCUAUUGAGAACUUGUGGUCCCUUCUUAAACGGUCGAUUUACGGUGAAGGAAAACAGUACACCUCUCUGACCAUUGUCUGGAUGGCUGUGGUUGCUGCUGCACAAAAAGUUGAUCGUCAACAGAUCAAGAAACUGACAGACUCCAUGUACUGUUAUUGAAAAGAAGGGUGGCUAUAUGUUUAUUUGUAAAUUUUGAGUUGUUUGUUUUAUUAUUCUCACUUUAACAGAUGAAAAUAAACAAGUGAGAUAGGGAACUUUUUGUUUUUCAUUUAGUGGCCUGUAAUUUUCAUCAUAGGUACACGUCAACUAUGACAGACAAAUUGAGGAAAAAAAAUUCCCGAAAAU